ACUUUAGUAAAGGAGACGAGUGUGCGCUCUUGUUGUGUAUUUCGUCAAAGGGAAAGGGAGUUUAGAAAUGGCCGCUGCGUGUAGUGGUCGGAGUGCGAUGGAUCAACAGCAAACGGGGCCCCAAAAGGCGGACACCGUCGACCGUUUGAAGUCGUUAUAUCCGGCGGUGAAUGAUGAUAAAACCCCUUUACCCAGGACGUGGAAUGCCGCCAAGAACUAUACCUAUAUUGGCCUGUCCCAGAAUAAUCUGCGUGUCCACUACAAAGGACAUGGUAAAACACAUAGAGAUGCAGCAAGUGUUCAAGCAACUCAUCCAAUUCCUGCGGCGUGUGGAUUGUACUAUUUUGAAGUGAAAAUUGUUAGUAAGGGACGUGAUGGUUAUAUGGGUAUCGGAUUAUCUGCACAAGGUGUCAAUAUGAAUAGAUUGCCUGGUUGGGAUAAGCAGUCAUAUGGUUAUCAUGGUGAUGAUGGCCAUACGUUCUGCUCAUCUGGUACAGGGCAACCCUAUGGACCAACAUUUACAACGGGCGAUGUAAUCGGAUGUGGUGUUAAUCUUAUAGAAAACACAUGUUUUUACACUAAAAACGGCCAUCACCUCGGCACAGCCUUUACAGAUCUACCUCCAAAUUUAUAUCCAACUGUCGGACUACAAACGCCGGGGGAAGUGGUCGAUGCCAAUUUUGGACAGGAACCGUUUGUUUUCGAUAUCGAGGACAUGAUCAAGGAAUUAAGGGCUAGUACACGACUUUCUAUACAGGAUUUUCCGGUACCCGAAGGACAAGGCGAAUGGCAAGCACUUUUAAACAAAAUGGUCUCAACAUACUUAGUACAUCACGGAUACUCAAAUACAGCGGAAGCAUUCGCUCAUAUAACAGGAC